AUGAAUCUGUGCAACCAGCCCUACAUGUUUUAUUCCGUGAUUCCGAGAUAUCCCGCAAGUAAGACUUACCCAAAGCAGGGGAGAAUCGGCGAUGGUAGUCGGCAUAAGAAGGAAGACAAUGUAGGGGUGAACACUACAGAGGGUGACGGAGGAGGCGGCAUCAAUAUGGAGGGUGACAGCGUAGGAGGUGUCAAUGUAGAAACUGAGGAUGUGGCAUGUUCGGGUAUAUCUGUCGUAGACGAUGAAGUUGGUCCCGAUGAGCCGCCCAACGACCCUCUGGACAACGCGAAUGAGAGCUACUUCGAACUCAUCGAUGUAGACGCCAAACAUAAGAAAUAUGUGCCGUCCGACUUAACCAUCAUCCAUCUGGAGAAGUAUUGGAUUCUGAAGGAGAUAAUUCAGCAAGAAUAUACUUACGUGUAUUAUGGGAAUGAAAAGAAGGAAGGCUUUCACAAGUUUGAAAAUAAGCUUUUCUACAUUUUGGGCGAAUUUCAGUUUGCCUAUAUUCUCUUCCAUUUAGGUUUUAAUUAUCAGUCCUUCGUUCAGUGGCGGAAGCUUUUUGAGCUCCUUUCCAAUUCACAGCACUUGGUGACGAACUUUGCAGACUUCUUCGAAGAAGCCUUAAGAGUGAUUUCUAUCCACCUAAGCUACCUGAGUGAUGACUUUUUUGACAACACUGAAAAUAGUUUUAUUCUUUUUGGAGUUUACAACAUAUACGAAAUAGUUAGUGGCGUGGGGGACGUGCAUGGGGGCAUAACCAACGUGAUGAAUUCCAUAGACUCUAUAAUUUAUGCAAAGCUGGGGCUACAUUUACCCGACUUGUCCUUUGUGUAUGAAGAGUUCCAGCCCACGUACGUAGAUGACCAUUAG